AUGACGGGACGAUUUGCACCGCUUUGCGGUGAAAAGCUGACGCUCUCCUCCUCGAUCAAGAUGGUAGACGGCUACACGAUGCCUCGGUUCGGAAUUGGUGCGUGGGAUAUGCGAGGUGGGGAGUGUAAGCGGGCACUGCUGACCGCAUUUGACAAAGCGGGGUAUCGGCAUGUGGAUACAGCUCGUUACUACGGGAACGAGGCUGCAUGCGGAGAGGCGGUUCGCGAGUGCAGCGUUCCUCGAUCCGAACUCUUCUACACCACCAAAAUCCGUCCUACGGACAUGGGAGGUGGAGAACGCACUCGCUCUGCGAUCGAGGAUAGUCUGAAGAAAACUGGGUUGGAGUACCUCGACCUCGUGCUGCUGCAUGCACCGGAUGGCGGUAAGAAGCAUCGACUCGAUUCGUGGGCUACCUUGACCGAUCUCGUCCAAGAAGGCAAAAUUCGCAGCUUGGGUGUGUCCAAUUUCGGUCCACAGCACAUCCAAGAAUUGAUGGACAGCAAACCUCGGCUGCCGCCCGUGUGCAAUCAGAUCGAAUGCCACCCCUUUUUCGCUCAGAAGGAGCUCAGAGCAGCAUGCGAUUCCCACUCGAUCAUCGUACAGGCCUACUGUCCGUUGGCUCGUGGACAGUACUACGGAGAUGCGACGCUGCAAAAAGUGGCGGCUGAGACGGGAAAAACCGAGGCACAGGUGAUGCUACGCUGGCUCAUCCAGCAUGGGAUCGUGGCGCUGCCCAAGAGCAGUAAUCCGCAGAGGCAGGUGGAGAACGCAGAGUCGCUGUCGUUCGAGCUCUCGGAUGAGCAGAUGAAAGAGCUGGAUGCCUUGGACCGCGGUGACAAGGGUUGGGUCGAGGUGCAGACGCAAAGCCAGCACUGUGACUAG